UUUCUCGAGUAACUGCACAGCGUUGGUGUAGACGUGCCUGAGAUAUCUUUAGCACAAAUUUUUCCAUUCAUAGUCCCGGCAUUCCUUCAAUGCAUGUGAUUGAUAAAACUAUAACCGCGUAUCGUUUUAUUUAAUUACGAAAACUUAAUAAAAUCAAAUCAAAUUCAAUAAAUUUAUGUAAGAAGAAAAUUCAGUGUCCGUGAUAUAAACAGAAGUGAACACGGUAUUUUUAAACAGCUAACAUGGAUAACGUUCAUGAUCCAUAUUUGAGACAUUUGUUCGAUGGUAACCCAAUAUACAAUGUCUACAAUAAUGAGUUCAUAAGCUUAUCAGCCGGAGCACCUGGUCCUGACUUAUUAAAAGAUUGUGCAGAAAUAAUAAAUAAAUCCACGCAGCAUAGAUUGAAAGAAGAGGAGAAGGAAGGGAAAUAUUAUCUCUUUCAAUAUGGUAUCACAGCGGGUCUUUGGGAAUGUCGCGACGAGUUAGCCAAAUUUUUAAGCAGACGAUAUGGCAAUUCCGUAAUGAGAGAGCAACUGAUAUUAACAUGCGGUGCAUCGCAUGGUCUUCAACUGCUAUUGAAUACCAUACUAUCACCAAACGGCAUUAUCUUUGUGGAGGAAGUUACUUAUAUGAUUGCUCUCGAUGCUUUUAAACAAUUUCCAUUAAUACGAAUAGUUACAGUGCCAAUGAAGGAUGAUACAGUGGAUCUAGAUGCACUCGAGAAACUCAUAAUUAAAGAGAAGACAACAGGAAACUUUCUUGUGAGCAAUCAGAAAUUAUUUUGGGCGAUGUUUUAUACAAUACCAACUUUUCAUAAUCCAACCGGAAUGACAUUGUCACAUGAUCAAUGCAAACGUUUAGUCGAGAUUGCACGAAAUAAUUCCAUACUCGUAGCCUGCGAUGAUGUGUACAAUUUGCUUUAUUAUGGACAAGGAUUUCCGCCACGACGCUUAUUUUCUUACGAUGAUCCAAACGAUUCAAACUAUAAAGGAGGGAAUGUUGUAUCAAAUUGUUCAUUCUCCAAAAUUCUUUCGCCAGCGAUUCGCUUUGGAUGGAUCGAAAGCAGUCCGCGUAUCAUAAAUAUUAUAAAAACAUCUGGCAUAAUGUGCAGCGGUGGUGGAGUUAAUCAUUACGUUUCUGGAGUGAUUGCGAGUGCGCUUCAUGAAAAUCUCGACGAGUAUCUUGAUAAGAUUAUAAAGAUUUAUAAGGAACGAUUAGACACGCUUUGUGCGAUUCUGGAUCAAUUUCUGCCAAAGUGUUGCUCAUAUCAGCGACCAGAAGGUGGUUAUUUCGUUUGGCUUCAUCUUCCCUCAGAUAUAGAUGCAACCGCAUUCGUCAAAUGGUGUGAAAAGGAAUACAAAGUAUCAGCAAUACCAGGUCCUCGAUUUUCAUUCACAGGUGGAGCAAAGAAUUUUUUACGUUUAAGUAUAGGUUUUCACACGAAAGAAGUUUUGAAGUUUGCAACGCAAACUUUAUGCGAGGCGCUCUUAACAUAUAUUAAACAUCAAGUCAAUGGUACAAAAGAUGUUACAAAUAAGAAUUGAUUCAAAGGCAUAAACAAAUAUUUAAUUGGAUUAAUUUUUUAAGAAAAGAAGUAUCUAAAGAUACGUACACUAUCGAGUACAGUAAUUUUUUAGACAUUAACUACUUCAUAUUUUAUAAACAAAAUAAAAAAAAAGAAGUAUUACAUA